GAGUUGUAUUUGGCUGGUCUGGGAGGCGGCUAAGUGGCUAACAAAGUGGGCUUGCUAGCCGCUAUCGCGGUGUGGCGGUGCCGUGACUCAGAAACAGAAUAGGAGCAAGUGAUGGAUUGAAGGUGGAGGCCAGAGUGAGUGGCCGGCGCCAUUCAAAGCGAGUUUUUCAGACCUGGAAGAUAUAGGUUUUUUCCAGGGGACUAUAGCGGAUGGGUAUGACGGUGAGUGAGUUCCGUUGCAGCGGUGGGCGCUCCCACUGGCGAUAGCGGUGCUGGACCAGAAGCUGGGUGACAAGGUUUGGGACGUCCCGACGAACUUCCGCAGGUGCAGCAAACUUUGUCUGACAAACAAACAUCCAGUGGGUGCACGCCGACGUAGUGAAAGGUGAUCCGGCUCAGGACUGAGAAAACCCAUAUCUGAAAUCCCCGAUUCCAUAGCUUAUCUUUCUCUUUUGCUGAAAUUUGGUGCUUUGACGGGAGAUAUGAGAGGUUUCGGCUUUAUCGCCGCCGCAUAGUGAAGCUUUUGUUGUCCCGUUUUCGUUUCAGCCAUUGCUUUAGGUUGGAACGGGAUCGACGGUGGGUGCUGGUGUUCUCGGAGGGCUUCGAAGACUGCAGCAGCGGGUCAAUUCUUUUGCUUGACUGUUUCGCUUCGUCUUUUGGGUCGAGCGAGGGUUAUUUCGCAGGGAGGCAAUUUUGCAGACGGAUUUUACACGGUGAAGCGGGAAGGCAGAUGAAAGUUGUACACGGCUGGGCAGCGGAGAAGAAAACAAUUAGCCGCGGUCUUGCUAUAAGAGGGGAACGCGGAGGAAUGAACGGGCUUCGCGUAUUCCAGAUUUUGAUCGUCAAUAGAGAAUCAAUAGGUGUGGUACCGAUGGUACGACCCCCUCCAGAACCACCGACAAGGGUUGAUCUCUGGCGGCGGCAGGGGUGUUAUUUAGUUUGUUUUGUUUACUUUUCCAACGAUUGUUACUUUUGCUUUGGCGUGUGUUUCUUUGUUUUUGUUCCAGUUUGUAAGACAUUGAUGUUGGAUGUGGGGGAUGAGAGGAAUUUGGUAACCGUGUUAGGCUUUUU